GGAAAACAACAUGACUACCGGCCGGGUAACUGUCACCCAUGACGACAACACAUUAAUAGAGACAGGAUUCACCACUGCAGAUCGUCAACACACAAUUUCACACAAAUCCAGGUAAAGUGUCUUACCAGAAGGCGGUUCAACAAGUUCCAGGCAAGUCUCCACGAAAAAAACAUAUGGCUUCUACAGACGUAAAGGACGUUUCCGUGACCGUAGAAUCUACAGUUAACAGAGCUGAUUCGCCUCAUGAAGGCAUUGUUAAUGCCGAAGAAGAAGGAGAAAGUAUCCAGGAGGAAAGUAGUGCUGAUGUCAAUCAAGGCAAUGUUAAAGCCUAUCUAAGCGGUGCUGAGAACACUCAGAAUGAUCACGAGGAAGCACAUGGAUGUUCGAUUGAUUGGCCCAAAGAUGAGGCUACACUUAGGAAACAGCUACAGGAGCAAUUUAGCCAUACGUGCACACGUGGUUGCAAGAAUGAAAGCAAUUGUAAAAAAGUACCUUGCAAGAUGGUGCUCCUCAUAUUAAAUGUUAUAUUUGCUACAAUUCAGCUAGUACUGUUCGCCAACGAGCGGUCCAAUUUUGCUACAUUUCUGAACCGGAACAACAUUGCCUUGAAACAUCUUUUGCUGAAGGACUGGUCCAAGGAUUACGAGACUAUGCCAUACCCACCAACCACCGGCAUGUAUGGAGUGUAUAAUAUAAAGGAUCUCGAGGAUCAUGUCCAGUAUAUUGUAGAAGGGAUUUAUUCUCUACCCACGGCAGCAGUUGGGUCUUUUUUUCUGAAUAAUCACAAUGGUUCAACUCCGAUACGUAUCUGCGCUACGUAUUUCGAAUCUGGUGUCUUUAACAGAACCUCCUAUCCCUCUGUCGUAACAGUUCACCGGACAAGGACAACACAAUGUAGGAAUGUUGAAAACAAUACCGAGAACUACGGUCUUGAACCCAGUCUCAAAGACCUGAUAAAAAGUGAGAAUGGUGUUUUAGUUAGACUUCUAGAACUGACUUUAGACUUCAAUAUAUCUUCAAUUCAUGUGGAUAUGAGACGGGAGGAAAAACCACCGGAAUGCUUUGAAAUCAUCGGGAGGGUUACUUUCGAUAAUUACGAAAUCAACGGCCAGAUUCCAGUCAUUCUGACCACGUCCAUCAAUGGGUUUGAGUGUCAAGGGGACUCCGAAAGAGAUGCAACAGUGCAUAUUAUCUUGUUAGUCGCAUUAUCCUUAACGAGUCUUGUCAGCAUCAUCGCAAGUAUCCUAAGCGGUUUCCAGUCUGUUAUACUCUGGCAAAAAGUGAGAAUCUUUUUCAAGAAGAGAUCGAAAGACGACAAAAGUAACACAUAUAAGCCAUUGUCAAGAAGAGGAACUUGGGAAGUAUUAAAAUUCCGUGACGUCAUGAUGACCAUCAGUUGUCUUUUGACCAUCGUUGGUUCGUUCUUAAAAAUCAGUUAUGACGUUGGGAAUUUGACCUCCCCCGACAAACUGGAUUGGUGUGGUAUCAUGUUGGGGACAGGGUGUCUGUUGCUUUUGAUGUUAUCUCUUCACUACUUGGCCUUCGAUAAGAUGUUUAGUCUGCUGUUAAAUGUCUUAGACAGAUCGGCUUCGUCUAUAAUGCGCUUCCUACUAUGCAUUGGUAUCAUGUACGUGGGAUUUGCUUUGUGUGGAUGGGCAGUGUUAGGACCACACAAUAUAAAGUUCUUGUCCUUCGGCGCCACGUUCCAGUGUCUGCUUGCGCUCAUGAAUGGGGACGAGGUUUACGUGACCAUGACAGCUGUAGACGAAGAAAGCCAACUGGCCUACGCAUUCAACACGAUAUUCGUCACAUUUUUCAUCUUCCUCUUCACCAUCAUCACAUUGAACGUGUUCAUUGCUAUAUAUAACACGACUUACGAGGACAUCAUGGAGAAGAAAAACAAGAGCGAUCUGAUGAAGUUCGUUGACAAAGAUGAUCAUACUCUGGACGUUAAUGAGCGUAAAUGCUGCUGUGGUGCCAGCGUUCCGUGUUGUAAGUAAUACGCACGGACGGACAUGUGAUGUCUUUUUGAUUGAACGGACAGAUUGUGUGGACUGCACUUAUAUGGAUAAACGUGGCAUCAGCAACUGCAAUUUUCUUAUCGGUUAAAACGAGCAAUAACUCGAAAUAACAAGAAUAUCACAGGAUUGUUUAAGCUAUGAAGAAAGAGAAUAGUUGCCAAUUUCCAGUUCCUGUAUGCAGUUGUCCGUUGAAACACAUGAAACAGUUGUGAUUUGUUAGAUAUUAUUGAAUGUAUGGAUGAAGGUUUUUUCUACUGUAACUACAGUCUUUGUGUGUGAAAUAUUAUGUUUUGCCUGCUGUGUUUACCUGGUUUUCAUAAGUCAGACCUAUUAUCCUGCGUUUAGUUUUCUAUUGAAACAUUCAUUAGUGACACGGCCCUGAAUGUUCAUAGCUGUUAAUAGGACGUAAAAUACAUACAAACAAACAAAACAGUAGUGGCAUUUACUAUUUAAUUAUCAUGGAACCCGUGAAUAGAAAUUCUUUUUUACAUACAAUCUAUUGAUUACUUAAAGGGUGAAUGUCAUUUCAGGAAGAAAUUUGCCUAUUAUUUUAUUUUAUUUUUACGCUUUUAGGGGGUUAGGAUACGGCUGCGGUUACGUUGAAAUGCAGGUGGUUUUGUUGGUCAAAACUUCACCGGUAGAUCUGAGACAAAUUUAUAAACUACUUCUGGUAUACUUUUAGUAAAUAUAUGUAAUUGCUUAUACAUUAUAUUUGGGUUUUUUUAUGGAACAUUAAUGCGUCAGUAUAAAACCUGUAAACCGUAGAUUUGUAGUUUUAUAUAAUGCACUAAUAUGUUUUAUAAGUUAGUCUCUAUUUCAAAUAUUUUGCAUGAAUGUUAUCUAAUCGAAUUUUUUAACGAAAUCAAAUUCAUUUUGAAGCAAUUUUCGUAUGUCUAGUUUGAAGACCGGACUAUAGACCUACCUUCUGCGCUGGAUCAUAAAACUGUCUUAAAGAAGAUCCACCGUCGGUUAACGUCAUGGUCCGAAACACGGCUGAUUGUUCAGUUUUUUAAUCAAUGAGUCACA